UUGCCGAAGACUGGACAGUGUCGUCGGGCCCCAGCUCACAGUGUUGGCCUCUGACAUCUGCGAGCAGUUUAACAUCAACAAGAGGAUGUCUGGGUCUGAGAAAGAACCCCAGUUUAAGUUUAUUUACUUCAACCACAUGAAUCUGGCCGAGAAGAGCACAGUUCACAUGAGGAAAACGCCCAGUGUGUCACUCACUUCCGUGCACCCGGAUUUAAUGAAGAUUCUCGGUGACAUCAACAGUGACUUCACCAGAGUGGAUGAGGAUGAGGAGAUCAUCGUGAAGGCCAUGAGUGAUUACUGGGUUGUUGGAAAGAAGUCGGAUCGGCGGGAGCUCUAUGUUAUUUUGAAUCAAAAAAAUGCAAACCUGAUUGAAGUAAAUGAAGAGGUCAAGAAACUUUGUGCAACGCAGUUCAACAACAUCUUCUUCUUGGAUUGACUGAUGGCUCACUGAAAGCGUAUUUAAAAAACACUCAGCAAACAUUUGGUCAUAUGCAAGUUACUGGUCAUAUGACGGACCGCAUUCAGGACAAGGGAAAAGCAAUACUUGCUUUGAAGAAUCACAUUUCUACUUGGUCUCCUGAUCUCCUGAAGUUUUUAGAUUUUAAAUAUUUAUGUGGAAU